AUCUAGCAAAUAUUUAAAAGAUUUUAUCAAUUAUUUACUUUUUAAAUUAAUAAAUCAAGAUUCUCAAAAAAAAAAUAAUAACAAAAUAGAACAAAAAGAUAAUAAUAAUGAAAAUGAUAAAAAAGAAAUUAAUUUAAUUAAAGACGAAACCAUUAAAAACAUAUUAAUUGAUAUUGGAAUUGAUAAUUUAGGUUAUUAUAAAGAAAUUAAAUCAGUCCUUUUAGAAUCAAAUAACAAUUUAAAUAUUUUAAAUAGUUAUAUAAUUUUUAAUCAAAAAAAACAAAUCGAAAAUAUUCAUAAUAAUAAUAAUAAUAAUAAUAAUAAUAAUAAUAAUAAUAAUAUAUUAAAUAAUUUAUUAAUUCAUAAUUUACAAUCAACUUUUAUUAAAAAUAAUCAACAAGAAAAAGAAUUUGAAAAUUUAAUUAAUAAUAUAUUUGAAAUAAUUUUAGAAAUAAUUCAUCAACAAGAUAUAAACUUUAGUAAUAAUGAUCAAUUGGUAUACGAAUUAAAAUCAAAAUUAUAUUCAAAAAUAUUAUUUAAAAUUAAUAAUAGACAUUAUUAUUUAUUUCAACUUCUAUUAAAUAUUUUAUUUAAAUGUUAUAUUUUAACUUUUAACAAUAACUUUAAUUUUAAACUAAAUUUAAUGUUUAAACUUUCAAUUUUUAUUUUAAACCAAAGUUAUUUAAAUAAUAUAAAUAAUAAUAAUUUUUCACAUUUUAAUUACUCAAAUAUUUAUUUAAAACCAUUAUAUCUUUUAUAUUUAAAUAAUAAUAAUAGUUUCAAAAAUAAUAUAUCAAUUUUUAAACAACUAAAUUAUAAUAGAGAUUUAAUUUUAUUAAAAAUUAAAAAACUGUCAGCAUCAAACUCUAUAGGGGCACCAUCUAAAUCACCUUCAAUUUAUAAUAAAGUUUUACUUGACCUUUGGUUCUUAAAUAUUCAGUUUUUAAACUAUUAUAACUAUGUGGUACAGCUAUAUAAAGAAUUUUUUAAUCAUAAAAACGACGAAAAUCAAGAUUUUGAUCAUAUCAUCGAAUAUAUAGUAUGGUUCAAUUAUAUUAAUUUAGAAAUUCAACAAAACCAUAUAAAUAUAUAUACUAAUCAUAAUAAUCAAUUAUUUAUUCUAUUAAAAGAUUUAAUUUACAAUAGUAGUUCAAUAGAUUUAAAUGAUUUUAAAUUCGAAUUUAAUAAACUAAAUCAAAUAAAUUUAUUUAAUGAAUUAAAUAGUAAAUAA